UCAAGAAACGAUAACGAUAAAUACAGCAAGCGGGCAGUCAGCUGUUUUUAUAAAUACAGCAAGCGGACGUGUACGACUCCUCGACUUCUGCAACAUACGUGUAAUUUUUUUUGUCGCACGCACAAUUUGCAAAACAGUGGAAAUCUACGAGUGCGCGAAUCCAAGAGGCGUUCAGUGCAGCGGUAGUGCACCUGUGUCUGUGUGUUUGGCGCGUGUUUAAGUGUGAGUGAGGGAAGACUUUGCUGAACUGAAACGGUGGUUCUACAGCAGAGGAGAAGGAGAAAGAGUAAGAGCACAACAAAAUACAACAAGUGCAAACAACGCGCGGACUUCUUCUGACACGAAACAACGACAACUACAACAACAACAACAAUAACAAUAACCGUUGGCGGUAGAUUGUUGGAGCAGGGGGUAGCCAGGCACGUUGUUGUUGUUGCUAGAACAUUGAUAGCGAAAUGAUUAAUGAAUAAAACAAGGCACACAGCCCAACGGCAUAUCGAGUAUGACGGAGGAAAUAACAGGCAAUUGGAGCUAUUAUUUGUAUAUAUCGCUAACACUGGUCCCAGUCUAUUUGGCAUUUCGGCUCAUCAAGACCCUCGGCUGGGAGCUCUUUGUCAACAACUGAGCAAACACAGGUCAGAGGUCCGCU